GUGACUUUUCCCCACAUGACGUAUUUCCGGCCUGUCUGUCCGCGGUCAGUUGCAAGGAAAAUGGCGGCUAUAGGACGCUUGACUCAAUCCCUGCUGAGAUCUUCUCUCUCACACACACGCCGUCAGCUGUCUGCUACUGCUGCUGACAAGGGCGACCACUCAACUAGGAUAUGGAAGAUCCUUACCUUUGUGGUUGCCCUGCCUGGUGUGGCGGUGUGCAUGCUGAACGUGUACCUGAAAGAACAACAACGCAGCCAUGAACGACCCGAGUUCAUCCCUUACGCGCACCUCCGCAUCCGCACCAAGCGGUUCCCCUGGGGUGAUGGCAACAAAACCCUCUUCCACAAUCCACAUUUGAACGCUCUCCCUGAUGGCUAUGAGGACCAUGAUGAGUAAACCCUCCUUCCAAACCUAACUGGGGCAGGGAUCACUUUCCUUUUUCUUUGUUUCCAGGACACUUGUAUUCACCCUUAAACACCGACUAUUAGGUACAACAAAGUCUCAGCUUAAGUAUCUGAAAUAAAGUAACUAAUGUACACCUCCA